GGCCCAGGCCCGGCCCAGGCCCAGGCCCCCCGAGCGCGGCGGCUGCAGCACCCGGCUCCGCUCGCCAUGACCUUACUGACAGCCGGCCGCCGGGCGGCCGCGCGCCUGCUGGGCGCCAAGAAUGCACCAUGUAUAUUCUUCGCUGCCCGACAUGCCAGCUCUACUUCCACGAACCUGAAAGACGUCCUUGCCAACUUGAUUCCCAAGGAGCAGUCGAGAAUCAAGAGCUUCAGGCAGCAGUAUGGGAACACGGUCAUCGGACAAGUCACUGUGGAGAUGGUAUACGGCGGGAUGAGAGGCAUGAAGGGGUUAAUAUACGAGACCUCUGUCCUGGACCCCGAUGAGGGCAUCCGCUUCCGCGGGUACAGCAUCCCCGAGUGCCAGAAGCUGCUGCCCAAAGCCCCGGGAGGGGAGGAGCCCCUGCCCGAGGGUCUCUUCUGGCUGCUGCUGACCAGAGACAUCCCCACUCAGGAACAGGUGAACUGGGUCUCCCAAGAGUGGGCCAAGAGGGCGGCUCUGCCCUCCCAUGUGGUGACCAUGCUGGACAACUUCCCCACCAACCUGCACCCCAUGUCCCAGCUCAGCGCCGCCAUCACCGCGCUCAACAGCGAGAGCAGCUUCGCCCGGGCCUACUCCGAGGGCAUCAGCCGGGCCAAGUACUGGGAGUUCAUCUAUGAGGACUCCAUGGACCUGAUCGCCAAGCUGCCUUGCAUUGCCGCCAAGAUCUACCGCAACCUGUACCGCGAGGGCAGCAGCAUCGGGGCCAUCGACCCAGGCCUGGACUGGUCCCAUAACUUCAGCAACAUGCUGGGCUACAGCGACCCCCAGUUCAUAGAGCUCAUGCGGCUCUACCUCACCAUCCACAGUGAUCACGAGGGCGGGAAUGUCAGCGCCCACACCAGCCACCUGGUGGGCAGCGCCCUCUCGGACCCGUACCUCGCCUUCGCUGCAGCCAUGAACGGCCUGGCCGGGCCGCUGCAUGGCCUCGCCAAUCAGGAGGUGCUGGUGUGGCUGACGAACCUGCAGAAGGAGCUGGGCCAGGACGUGCCUGACGAGAAGCUGCGAGAUUUCAUCUGGAAUACGCUGAACUCCGGCCGGGUUGUCCCUGGCUACGGCCAUGCCGUGCUGAGGAAGACGGACCCACGCUACACCUGCCAGAGGGAGUUUGCCCUCAAGCACCUCCCCAAGGACCCCAUGUUCAAACUGGUGGCGCAGCUGUACAAGAUCGUCCCUAAUGUGCUCCUGGAGCAGGGCAAGGCCAAGAACCCCUGGCCCAACGUGGACGCGCACAGCGGGGUGCUGCUGCAGUAUUACGGCAUGAAGGAGAUGAAUUACUACACCGUGCUGUUCGGCGUCUCACGGGCCCUGGGCGUCCUGGCCCAGCUCAUCUGGAGCCGGGCGCUCGGCUUCCCACUGGAGAGACCCAAGUCCAUGAGCACGGAUGGCCUCAUGCAGCUCGUGGGCUUCAAAUCGGGGUAAAGGAAGGGAUGGGGGGGUGGGGGGGAGCCCGCGCUUGCCAGCUGUCCGGGAGCUGUUUAAAGAGACAGUACGUUUUUUCCCUUCCAAGGGCCUCGGCCAGCCACUAAAUUAAACCUUUCUCUGAGGCACUGACCAUAAGUUUCAGGUUAUUUAUGGUGUAAAUUAAGAUAAAAACAAUCAGCCCCCUUCCCAUCCCCCCUGCCACCAUUAGCGGCACCUCUGGUAAACUCCUGAGCCAACCAGAGCACAGCAGCUCCCCUGGGACCCCCCCCCCCACCGCAUGGCUUUCUAGGCCAGCCCACUCUGUCCCCCCCGGCCAGGAUCCUGUACUGUACUGAGUGCUACCUUGUCCCCCAGCCCGCUGCGGUCCUAGGCCCAGAGCAAAGCAGCUUCCUCCUGCGCACUUAGCCGAGCCAGAGCCGGCUGGGGGCGGUGUGGGCGUGUGAACGCUUGAAUCACUUCCUUUGCCGUGGGCCAGGGCAUCUUGGGCUUUUUCCCCUCCCCAGGGCAGGUCCGUGCUGUACACCAAGGGGAUGGACCCUUUCUCAUCCCACCCCCUAGGGACUUACCCUGCCUCCUGCCCACUCAGCUCCUUGCUCCCAGCAGGGGCCAGGCCUGCCCAUAAGCCCCAUUGCUGCCUAGGGGAGGGGAAAGGCUGCGAUUGGGCCAGAGCCGGGGGACUGCGGGGGUUGGCCCAGACUAGCCAGGACGUGAGUUCCUGGGCAGCAGGCAGUAGCCACAGGGCAGUGUGGCUAGCCACCUUUUGAGCAGUUGCAGUGCAGACGUGAAGCUGGCUCCUGCCCUUUCUCCCGAGGAAGGACGCGAUACACUCCUCCCCCGCCCUGGUCCGUGUGUGUUUGUGUGGAUGCCCCUGUCCCCUAACUGCCCCCGGGGCGCUGGGCGGGCUCCGGCUGUGGCCUGGCGCAGCCUUCGGGUGGCUCUGUACAAAAUGCAAAAUAAAUGUUUUUAUUAACAAAA